AUGACAGUCAGUGAUUAUUUCCCUGUUCAUGAAGAAGUAUUUGAGACCUUCAUGGAAAAGUUUAUGGAGUUUAACCUCGGGUCACACCUGCAAAAGUUCAAGAUAAAGAAUGAUCACGUCAUACACAAUGUAUGUAGCGAUUGGAUCGCCACAGCGAUUGAACGCGGGGUUCGACAUCUUGAUGUUCAGGCCAAGAAUUCUCUGUUUGUCAUUGAUUUCAUGCCUAUGAACAAUCACCAGAACAAGACACUGGUGACUUUAAAGCUUGCAAACGUAGGGUUAAUUGAGAAUCAAGAUAUUGUUGUUUCUUUACCUUGUCUCAAGGUCAUGUAUCUAGAUAACAUUUCUUACGGUAACGAUUGUCCUUUGGGUGCGGAAAAUCUCAUCUCUGGAUGUCCUAUUCUUGAAGAUCUUACCGUUGUAAGAAUUUACUAUGAGGAUCUAGAAACAUUUCCUCUCCUGCGUGUGAAAUCUCCGACUCUGAAGACCUUUCGUCAUAUGUUUAAUUGGGGAAUAUCUACUACAUAUUUUUUGGUUGAAAUUGAUGCUCCUUGUACAAGAUAG